GACGCCCGACUUCGAAACCCUAACUUGUUUCUAGGGUUUGCUUUGUUACAGAAAGGGUCUUUUACCUUCCUAAGAUAUUUUCCUCGAAGCUUUGCCCUUCCGAAUCAAAUCCUGCAAGCAUUGCUCUGAAUUUGUUUGGCAGUUGCCUGGUAUCUAAAUUUCGAGAUAUUCAUUUCUUAUUUUUUUUGCACCUGUUGAGCAUUAUCAUCCUCUUGAUUAUCAUUCAGACAUCUCUUGCCUAUCUCUAUUAGUGCUCUUACUACUGUUAUCACCCCUUUACUAGAAAUCUUUCACUGAAAUUCCUUGGAUCCAUUUCUCAUGGCAUGGGUAAAAUUGAGUUUCUUACUCUGCUACUCCUUUUGGCCUUUCGUUUUGUUUCCACCUAUCCAUAUUUGUAUACUUCCUUUUGCAAAUGCUUCUGCCUUCCUUGCUUCCUUCACAGUUGUCUUGCAAACCUAUCUAGUUAGAUACAUAAGAUGCCAAGGGCGAAAGCAAAUGCUGCAGCAACUCAAAGGCCAGUUGAAGCCGAAAAGCCAGAUGAACAUGAAGAACGAGUAGAUCUUGAUGGAGAUAAUGAUACUGAGGAGGCAAUGGAGGAGGAGGUUGAGUACGAAGAGGUAGAGGAAGAAGAAGAAGAAGUGGAAGAGGUAGAAGAGGAAGAAGAGGAAGAAGAAGAAGAGGAGGAGGAGGAGGAAGAAGAGGAGGAAGAGGCUACCGUUGCUAAUGGAUCUGAUGCACGGGCAAGCUCCAGUGGUGAUGAGGAGAUGAAAACUACCAAGGCCUUGGAUGAGGAUGAAAUAAAAAAACAUGCUGAACUUCUUGCUCUUCCUCCUCAUGGCUCUGAAGUGUAUAUUGGUAGUAUUCCUCAUGAUGCGACCGAGGAGGAUUUGAGGAGCUUUUUUGAGCCCAUUGGAGAAGUCACUGAGGUUAGGCUAAUGAAAGAUAAAGAUUCAGGGGAGAAUAAGGGCUAUGCUUUUGUGACCUUCAGAACCAAAGAAUUGGCUUCCAACGCCAUUGAGGAGCUGAAUAACAAAGAAUUGAAGGGAAGGAAGAUAAAGUGUUCAACGUCUCAAGCAAAGCAUCGCCUAUUCAUUGGUAAUGUUCCUAAAAGCUGGAUGGAGGAGGAUCUUAGAAAGAUAGUGACAGAGAUCGGUCCUGGAAUUAAUUCGGUGGAGCUGCUGAAGGAUCCACAGAACUCCAGCCGUAACCGUGGCUUUGCUUUCAUUGAAUAUUAUAACCAUGCUUGUGCUGAAUAUUCAAGGCAGAAGAUGUCAAACUCAAAAUUUAAGCUAGAUAGUAAUGUUCCAACUGUGAGUUGGGCUGACCCUAAGAAUGAGUCUGCUUCUUCUUCACAGGUGAAGGCAGUAUAUGUGAAGAAUUUGCCAAAGAACAUAACACAGGAUAAGCUAAGGGAACUAUUCGAAUACCAUGGAGAGAUUACAAAAGUAGUGCUGCCACCUGCAAAGUCUGGACAGGAAAAGAGCAGAUUUGGUUUUGUUCAUUUUGCUGAGAGGUCAAGUGCCAUGAAGGCACUGAACAACACAGAGAAAUAUGAAAUAGAUGGACAAGUGCUGGAGUGUUCUCUUGCAAAACCACAAUCAGAUCGAAAGGCUGAUGGAGGAGUGAAUUCACAAAAAGCAGCUUUGCUUCCAACCUAUCCACCUCGUGUUGGUUAUGGUUUGGUUGGGGGUCCCUAUGGUGCGCUUGGUGCUGGGUAUGGUACUGCAGGAUUUGCACAGCCUUUGAUUUAUGGCAGGGGACCUACUCCUGCUGGCAUGGCGAUGAUGCCAAUGCUUUUGCCUGAUGGACGGAUUGGAUAUGUCCUGCAACAGCCUGGAGCACAGCCGCACACCCCACCUGCUCAGCAGCAGAGAAACAGUGGCAGGAGUGGUGGAAGCUCAAGUGGUGGGAAGCAGAGUAGUGGUGAUGGUGGCCGUGGGCGUAGAUAUCGGCCGUAUUGAUUUGAUACGAUGGGGGCUGUCUGGAAGGGUUGAGGAGUUUUUAUUCCAAUCGUAGGAUGCAGCAACAGCUAUGUUGGCAGGUGGUGGGGGUGGGGGAAUGGGUUUUUUCUGGGUUGCUAGUGCCAUUAGUGUAGGGGCACUGAACCAUAAGAUUGAAUCUAACAAACCUGAUCCAUGUAGUACAUUUUGUGAGCUCGAUUAUUACUUGCACCCCCAUGAGGCCAAGUCAUUAGCUGCUACAGCUUGUUAUUUUUAUUGUUAAUUCAUUUUUGUGUUGAUACUGCC